CACCGCGGCCCUGGCCAGCUGAGUCGCGGCGGCGGUGGUAGCGGGCUCCCCAGCGGCAUGCCAGUGCCCCCUGGGCGCGAUGGCUAGCGGCAGCGCCGGGAAGCCCACUGGCGAGGCGGCUUCUCCGGCUCCUGGGAGCGCCGUCGGCGGCGGGGCCAGCUCGCAACCGCGAAAGAGGCUGGUGUCCGUGUGCGACCACUGCAAGGGCAAGAUGCAGCUGGUGGCCGACCUGCUGCUGCUGUCGAGCGAGGCGCGGCCCGUGCUCUUCGAGGGCCCCGCCUCCCCGGGCGCCGGCGCCGAGUCCUUCGAGCAGUGCCGGGACACCAUCAUCGCGCGCACCAAGGGGCUGUCCAUCCUCACCCACGACGUGCAGAGCCAGCUCAACAUGGGUCGCUUCGGAGAGGCGGGGGACAGUCUGGCGGAGCUGGGGGACCUAGUGGUGUCGCUGACCGAGUGCUCGGCGCACGCGGCCUACCUGGCGGCCGUGGCCACGCCUGGGGCGCAACCUGCCCAGCCGGGCCUGGUGGACCGCUAUCGGGUGACACGCUGCCGCCACGAGGUGGAGCAGGGCUGUGCCUUGCUCCGAGCCACCCCGCUGGCGGACAUGACCCCGCAGCUGCUGCUGGAGGUAUCGCAGGGCCUGUCGCGCAACCUCAAGUUCCUGACGGACGCGUGCGCCCUGGCCAGCGACAAGUCCCGGGACCGGUUCUCGCGCGAGCAGUUCAAGCUGGGCGUCAAGUGCAUGAGCACGAGCGCCUCGGCGCUGCUGGCGUGCGUGCGCGAGGUCAAGGCGGCGCCCAGCGAGCUGGCACGAAGCCGCUGCGCGCUCUUCAGCGGGCCCCUGGUGCAGGCCGUGAGCGCGCUCGUGGGCUUCGCCACCGAGCCGCAGUUCCUGGGUCGCGCGGCUGCCGUGAGCGCCGAGGGCAAGGCGGUGCAGACCGCCAUCCUGGGGGGCGCCAUGAGCGUGGUGUCGGCCUGCGUGCUCCUGACCCAGUGCCUCAGGGAUCUGGCGCAGCACCCCGAGGGGAGCGCCAAGAUGUCGGACCACAGGGAGAGGCUGAGGAACUCGGCCUGCGCCGUGUCUGAAGGCUGCACCCUGCUAUCUCAGGCUUUAAGGGAGAGGUCUUCGCCCAGGACUUUACCGCCAGUGAAUUCCAAUUCUGUGAAUUAGCACCCCGUCCCCGGGACACCCUACCCACCCCCCACUCCAGCCCCACCCGCACCCAAUACCCUUUCUUCUUCCAACCCAGGCUAAAAAGCCACUUACUCUCUGCCCCUCUCCAUUUAUACCAAAGAAAUCAUAGGUGAACCCCCAGCCCCAUCCCACACCCUAUGUGAAAAGCUCAUGAGGAAUCUUCCAGAAGGCAGGGCCAUGCACACAACUUACACAUGCACGGGGAGGGCCCAGGUGUCCCCUCUAGGGACUGGGAGAUGGAAGAUGGGUAGUCUGCUGGCUGUGGGACCACCCCUGUACCCCCUAUCCCUCAACUCAAUUUUAGUACCAAUUGGGCAGGAGGGAGGUCAUGGAUUCAUUUCUUCUUUUUUAAUUAAAAGAAAGGUUACCUCAGUUUUCACUCUUUAGACAUGGAUGUAGCUACCUUUUUUUUUUGUAUGUCAUUUUUGUUGAAUUAGGAGUAUACUUGGUGUGGAAAGAGUAUGACUUGGCCACGUGAUUUGCAAGUGGGGGGGGGGAAAGCUACUGUGAGCGUGUGUUUUAUUUUUUAAUUUACACUAUAGAGUGAUUUUUUUUCCCCAAUGUCAAGUUUUUACCCUGCAUGUACUGGAGUAUUUAUUUCAUCUAUUAAAUUGUUAUGUUUCUCAGA